AUGGCAUCGCAAGCCGCCCAAAUCUCAAAGAAGAGAAAGGUCGCUGACGGUGUAUUCUACGCUGAACUUAACGAGUUCCUCACCCGUGAGUUGGCUGAGGAUGGUUAUGCUGGUGUCGAAGUUCGUGUGACACCCGCACGUACAGAAAUCAUUAUUCGUGCAACCCAUACCCAGAACGUUUUGGGCGAGAAGGGACGUCGUAUUCGCGAAUUGACCACUCUUGUUCAGAAGCGUUUCCGCUUUGCCGAGAACACUGUUGAGCUUUAUGCUGAGCGUGUCCAAAACCGUGGCUUGUGUGCCAUUGCUCAAGCUGAAUCCGUAAAGUACAAGUUGUUGAACGGCUUGGCUGUUCGUCGUGCUUGCUAUGGUGUCGUUCGUUUUGUCAUGGAAUCAGGUGCUAAAGGUUGUGAAGUUGUUGUUUCUGGUAAACUUCGUGCUGCUCGUGCAAAGGCUAUGAAGUUUGGUGAUGGUUUCAUGAUCCACUCUGGUCAACCUACUCGCGAUUUUAUCACCACCGCUGUUCGUCACGUCUUGUUGCGUCAGGGUGUUCUUGGUAUCAAGGUCAAGAUUAUGCUCGACAAUGACCCAUCAGGUCGCCAAGGCCCCAAGGCUCCUUUGCCCGAUAUCAUUACCAUCCUUGAGCCUAAGGAAGAAGCACCUAUCACUGAACCUGUCACUCAAGAGUUUGGCAGACCUGCUGCUGAACCUCAGGCAGCUGAGACCCAAUAA